CGGGGCUGUAGCGGAGGUGGCCGCUGCCCUGCCCGGGGCCGGGCCGUGCCGGGGCCAUGCCGUACCUGGGCGGUGAGGAGGCGCUGCGGGAGCUCCGCCGGGCCCUGUCCAACCCGCACGUGCAGGCGGACCCGGUGCGGUACCGCGCCGCCGUCCUGCGGGUCAUCCGGCUGAUGGCGCAGGGCGCCGACGUGUCGGGGGUGUUCCCGGAGAUGGUGAAGGCGGGCGCGGUGCCGGACGUGGUGCAGAAGAAGCUCGUGUCGCUCUACGGCUGUGCCGGGCUCGCUGUGCUGCCUCUGGGUUGUCGUGGCAGCAGGUCAGAGAGAGGGGGAAGGCUCUGGUCCCCCCCUGACCUGCCCUCCCGCAGGAUGCCCGGGAUCCAGGAGUACCUGCAGCAGCCCCUGGUGAACGGGCUGCGGGACAAGGCCUCCUACGUGCGCAGAGCGGCCGUGCUGGGCUGUGCCAAGAUGGUGAAGCUGCAGGGGGACUGCGAAGUGGAUGGGGCACUGGUGAACGAGCUCUACAGUUUGCUUCGUGACCAGGAUCCUAUUGUGGUCGUGAACUGUCUGAGGGCCUUGGAAGAGAUCUUGAAGAAGGAGGGAGGAGUUGUCAUCAACAAACCCAUUGCCCAUCAUCUCCUCAACAGGAUGCCCGACCUGGAUCAGUGGGGGCAGAGCGAGGUGCUCACCUUCCUGCUGCGCUACAAACCCCGCAGCGAGGAGGAGCUCUUCGACAUCCUCAACCUGCUGGAUGGUUACCUCAAGAGCAGCAGCCCCAGCGUGGUGAUGGCAGCCACCAAGCUCUUCCUGGUGCUGGCCAGGGAGUACCCAGAUGUGCAGGCAGAUGUGCUGGUGCGGGUGAAGGGCCCUCUUCUGUCUGCCUGCACCUCGGAGAGCAGGGAGCUCUGCUUCACCGCGCUGUGCCACGUGCGCCAGAUCCUGGCGAGCCUGCCCGGCCACUUCAGCAGCCACUACAAAAAGUUCUUCUGCUCCUACUCAGAGCCCCACUACAUCAAGUGCCAGAAGAUGGAGGUGCUGUGUGAGCUGGUGAACGAUGAGAACGUGCAGCAGGUGCUGGAGGAGCUGAAGGGUUACUGCACUGACGUGUCGGUGGAGCUCGCCCAAGGGGCCAUCUUCGCCAUAGGCAAUAUUGCCAGGACUUACACAGAGCAGUGUGUGGGGAUCCUGACAGAGCUCCUGGGCCUUCAGCAGGAGCACAUCACUUCAGCGGUGGUCCGGGCUUUCCGGGACCUGGUUUGGCUGUGCCCCCAGUGCACGGAUGCCGUGUGCCAGGCACUGCCUGGCUGUGAGGACACCAUCCAGGACAGCGAGGGCAAGCAAGCACUGAUCUGGCUCCUGGGCACGCACGGGGAGAAGGUCCCCAAUGCUCCCUAUGUUUUGGAGGACUUUGUGGAGAAUGUGAAGUCGGAGACGUUCCCAGCAGUGAAGAUGGAGCUCCUGACAGCGCUGGUGCGACUGUUCCUGUCCCGGCCUGCCGAGUGCCAGGACAUGCUGGGCAGGCUGCUCUACUACUGCAUAGAGGAGGAGAUGGACAUGGCAGUGCGAGACCGAGGCUUGUUCUACUAUCGCCUUCUGCAGUCUGGGGUGGAAGAAGUGAAACGGGUCCUGUGCAGCCCCAAAUCUGACCCUUCUCUGGGGCUCCUGGGGAACCAAACCAAGCAACCUGUGAAUGCCUGGGCUUGGGAGUUUAACACCCUCAUCCCAGUUUAUGGCAGAGAACGCUGGGCACUCGCCACUGCUCACCAGCCUGUGGAACCCUCCUACUCUGGUCCUCCUUCCACUGACUCCAGGAGCAGGGACACAGAGUCACUGAUUUCUGAGGGGAAUAAAGAAGUCCUCAAGGUCCAGCCCGACACAGGCAGCCUGAGCCUGGUUCCUGAUGCUUCCCUGACUGCAGAACAGUUUGAGAAGACCUGGCUGAGCUUGGACACGAGCUGCCACCUCUCCCUGCCCUGGAGUGGGCCUGUCCCUCCAGACACCAUUCAAACAGCCCUUCACGUUGUCCACAUCCAGACUAUUGCCAUGAGCAAAGCGGGUGCCCAGCCCUGGAAAGCUUACCUGAGCGCCCAGGAUGACACAGGCUGCCUCUUCCUGACGGAGCUCCUGCUCCAGGCGGCGGAUUCGGAGCUGCAGGUGUCGGUGAAGCAGAGUGAGGCAAAGCCAGAGGCACUGCAGAGCUUCAUCUCAGCCUUGAGGACAGUCCUGGAGGCAGUGGCUGGACUGGGGUCCUGACUGGUCCCUGCUCAGGGCACAGCAAAAGUUGAUUUCUCUGGCUUCCUCUGCCAUACCUGGUGCUGGUGUGGUACUUUUGAACUGCAGGAGUGUUGGCAGCCCUUUUCCUGGGCCUUGGAAGCACGUGUGGCGUGGGGGGAGCUGCAGCUGGAGCUGGAGAAGGGUCUGCCCACCCCCUGGACUGCGGAAGGGACAGGGUCAUU